AUGGUGGCUAAAAAGACAAACACUUGGCGCAUGUGUGUGGAUUACAGGGACUUGAAUGCUGCUUGCCCCAAAAAUCAUUAUCCUCUGCCGAAGAUUGACCAACUUGUGGAUUCUACUUCGGGUUGCGCGCUGCUAUCCAUGAUGGAUGCCUAUCAGGGAUAUCACCAAGCCAAAAUGCAUAAAGGGGAUAUUGCUAAAACGACCUUUGCCGUCUGCUACGGGGUAUUUGGCUGGAGGAGCAUGUCGUUCGGCCUUAAAAACGCGGGGGCUACAUAUCAGAGAAUGAUGGAAAAAAUAUUCAAAGAACAACUCUCGAAGAACAUAUCAGUAUACGUGGAUGACAUGCUUGUGCGAAGUAUCAGAGCAGAAGAUCACGUCUCUGACUUAGAGGAAAUUUUCACAGUCAUCAGAAAUCAUAGGCUCAUGCUUAACCCAACGAAGUGCACAUUUGGGGUCACCACAGGGAAAUUUUUGGGGUACAAGGUCACUCCAGCAGGGAUCGAGGUCAAUUCGGAUAAGAUUUUGAGGAAAGGGACCAAAUUUCAAUGGGAUGCGGAAUAUCGGUUAGCUUUUGAUGAUCUUAAAGCGUACUUAGCAGAGCUCCCGACUCUGACCAAAUCAAUUCUCGGGGAGGUGCUAUAUUUAUACAUAGCAGUGGGUGAAGAAUCAGUCAGCUCUGUCCUUAUCAGAGAGGAGGGGAGCCAUCAGAAGCCAAUCUACUUUGUCAGUCGGGUGAUUCAGGGGCCCGAAUUAAACUAUUCAGAAAUUGAAAAGGCUGCUCUGGCGGUCAUGGUCAUAGCUCGGAAACUAAGAUCCUACUUCUUAUCGCAUCGUGUGGUGGUUCGAACUGCCUUACCUUUCAAACAUGUGCUAGGAAGGCCAGAUCUUUCGGGACGCAUGGUGAAAUGGGCCAUGGAGUUAGGGGAGUAUGAUGUGGAUUAUGAACCAAGGCUGGCUAUCAAGGCCCAAGCCCUUGCGGACUUUAUUCAAGAAACUACUUGUCGCCCGGUGCAAGAGUUUUGGGUGGCUUUCGUGGAUGGAUCAGUUACAAAAGAGGGAUGUGGGAUCGGAGUGUAUAUCAUUUCUCCAGGAUCAGAGGUAUACCAAUUCGCUAUCAAAUUCACCUAUAAGAUGUCCAACAAUGAAGCCGAGUAUGAGCCCAUGGUCAUAGCAGCACAUAUUUUGUCAGAGCUAAGGGCGGAGUGUGUCAUCAUCAGAAUCGACUCACAAUUGCUGGCUCAACAAUUCUCGGGAGGAUAUCACAUCAAAGAGGAUUGGAUGCGGGCAUACCAUUGCAAGAUUACUGAACUGAAGAAAAAAUUUAUGGAAUUCAUAAUAGAACAGAUCUCUCGAGAAAAGAACACUCGGGCAGAUUUACUGGCACGAGUCGCCAGUGUAGUGGAACGAACAUGGAACGAUGAGAUCACGCUGCUCUGCGACACCAGAGAAAUGGGGACUUCCCAGAUUUUUGCGCGUUCCUUCACCCAUCCCUUGCUGAAAUGUUUAUUUCCUGAGGUGGCUAACUUUGCUUUGACAGAAAUUCAUGCAGGUUGUUGUGGUGGGCACACGGGAUUUAGGGAUCUUAUACGAAAAACCAUCCGGGCAGGGUUCUAUUGGCCAACCAUCACUAAUGAUGCCAGAGAAUUCGUCCGCAAAUGCGAAGCUUGUCAGAAGCAUGCUGGCAAGAUCAAUAUUCCAGGAGAGACUAUGGGAGUAAUGUAUGCUGCUUGCCCAUUUGACAAAUGGGGCAUAGACAUAGUCGGGAAAUUGCCCACGGCGCCAGGGGGCAAAUGCUUUUUCAUCGUGGCAGUGGAUUACUUCUCCAAAUGGGUAGUGGCCGAGGCCGUGUCAAAGAUCGAUGAAGGAACUGUGGAGCGAUUCAUCUGGCGAAACAUAUGUUGCCGAUAUGGAGUCCCGAGAAUCAUUGUAUCGGACAAUGGAAUCCAAUUCACAAGGCAGAGGAUCGCCGACUUCUGUGAUCGCAUGGACAUAAUGCAACGCUUCGUUUCCAGCAGAGGGAAAUGGGUCGAGGAGCUAGACACCGUACUAUGGGCCUAUCGCACCAGCCCAAAAACAGCAACCGGAGAAGCACCAUUCACUCUGGUGUAUGGAUCCAACGCAGUGAUACCAGCAGAGGCCAGACUGGAGUCGUACCGAAUAACAACAUAUAACACAGAGCAAAAUUCAAAACUCCGCAGAGUAGAGCUAGACCUAGUGGAAGCGCAGAGGGAUGAAGCCCAGGUCAGAGCAGCGAAAUACAAGAGCAUUAUCGAGGCCGAAUAUGACAAGAGGGUCAGAGCGCGAAAGCUGUCCAAGGGUGACCUAGUUCUCAAGAGGGCCGACGCUCUGAAACUAGUGGGCAAGUUCGAGCCCAAUUGGGAGGGUUCUUUCAUCGUCACAGAGGUUUUGGGUGGUGGAGCAUACGUAUUGUCGGAUCCAGACGGCAGAGCUCUCCCAAGACCGUGGAAUAUCAAUACCUUGAAAAAGUUCUAUGUGUAA